CAGACUACUCUCAACUCGUUCUUUAAGGGCGGAAAGGCUACAGAGCCUGAUGAUGCUCCAGCGUCCGACGCCGAAAUGGACGUCGAUGCUGACAAUGACGUCGAGGCUGAGGUCGAGGUCGAGGCGGACGCGACCAACAAAAAGGAUGGCAAGAUUGCCCCAGAUGACUCCUCUGAUCCCCCCAUCUCCGACAUCCCUGCCAUCUUUGCCGACAUCGUCAGGCGUAUACCGGACAUCGUCGACAUCGCGAAACACGUCAAGGGUCGUAAACUCCGGGUUGCCACCAUGUGCUCUGGCACGGAGUCUCCUCUGCUUGCCUUCGGUCUCAUUCAGAGGGCGAUCCGUGAACAGCAUGGCAUUGAGCUGGAAAUGGAGCACGUCUUUUCCUGCGAAAUCGUACCUUUCAAGCAGGCCUAUAUUGAGAGGAACUUCUCGCCUCCACUUCUGUUUCGAGACGUUUGUGAACUUGGGAAUGACUUUGCCCAUACAGCAUACGGUUCUCUAGUGCCUGUACCCGGAGACGUCGAUAUCCUCGUCGCAGGAACCUCAUGUGUGGACUACUCGAAUCUCAACAACGAGAAGAAGGACAUCGACGAUGGCGGUGAGUCUGGCCGUACAUUUCACGGUAUGCUCCAGUGGGUGCAAAAGCAUCGACCCCCCAUCGUCAUCCUCGAGAACGUUUGCUCUGCGCCGUGGCAGCUCGUCGAGAAGAAGUUCGAGAAGAUCAACUAUAGCGCCAAGUCCACCCGCCUCGACACCAAAUUAUACUAUAUUCCUCACACCCGUACUCGCGGAUAUAUGGUCGCUGUCAAUAAGGCAAACUCCUCCAUCCCUGAGAAAUGGGUCAAGGCCAUGAUUCAAUACCGACGCGAAGCCUCGGCCUCCCUCGACGCUUUCCUGUUGGCGUCGGACGACCCUCGUAUUCACCAGGCGCGGGAAAAGCUCGUUCAAGAGAGUUACAAUGGUCAAGAUAGGAAGACGGGUCGGACCGACUGGGGAAGAUGCGAGUCGCGUCACCAGCGUGCUCGGCUGGAAGAGGCGUUAGGCCCUAAACGUCCGUUGACUAAUUGGGACGAAGGCGGUGCGUGCAAGAUGAUGGACUUUGGGUGGGCGGACUGGACACAAAGUCAGGUGGAACGCGUGAAAGACUUGAUGGAUAUCAGCACGCUUCGUGCGGCCAAGGAUGGUAUCGACCCCUCGUUCAAAAGCGGCGUUUGGAACUUGUCUCAGAACGUCGACCGUACAAUUGGUUCCAAUCGAGUUGGAAUCUGCCCCUGCCUGACGCCAUCCAUGAUCGCGUACAUCACCAAUCGAGGCGGACCUAUGGUUGGAGUCGAAGCAUUGGGCAUGCAAGGUCUUCCACACGAAGGGUUGUUGUUGACUCGCGAGACCGAAGACCAACUCGCCGACUUGGCUGGCAAUGCUAUGUCGACCACGGUGGUCGGGACAGCGAUGCUCGCGGCGUUGAUACUUGGCAAGAAAUUGUUGAAGGACGGCGAUGACCGCCAGACCUACGAGGAGCAUAACGGCAUGAAAGUCGAUGUCGAACAGAACUCCGACGCUAUGGACGUCGACGUACCUGCGGAUGUGUCGGUGGAGGACCACAUCUCUCGCGAAGACCAGCUUGCCGAAAAACCUCUGGACCUUCUCAAGACCACGGAGCGAUCUCUUCCUCUAAUCCUUGAAGAUGCUCUCAAAAGUGCUCGUCUAUGCGCUUGCGAAGGGCGAAAGGACAUCACGGAGCGGCAGCUGAUGCGUUGCAAGGACUGUGGCGCCACUUCCUGCGUUAAAUGUGGCGGCCGCCCCGAACACAACUACGAGAUCAUCGACGUGACCGCGAACCCCCGUCUCUCCCCAUCUUCUUUCGCCCUCGACCUCAAAUCCCUUCUUCCGAUGAGCCUCUCGUUUUCCGCUGUUACUCUUCAGCUGUUGAAUAACCUGAAGGACCAAGCAGCCGCCGCCAUACCCGAUCAACGAUGGACCGCCUGGAGUACCGCUGUUUUUGAGGCAACUCAACUCGAACUUCGAUUCGUCGAGCUCAAACGCCAAGACAUGUGGAUCGCGACCUACGAAUCGCCCAAAGGUCGGCUCGAGUUAUAUCUUCACCCGAAGCGACCAGAAUGGUUGUUCUUCGCCAAACCCGAUCCCAUGGAACCCGCGAACGCUGAGAUACGACGAAUUCUCAUGUAUCCGGCUUGUCGUCUUGUUUGUAAUGGUGCACUCUUGGCCGGACAGUGGGAAUUCGCCCUGCCUCAUACCACGGAGGUGAGCGUAAAGGUGGAGGGAGUUGGUGAGCUUGUGGGAUCUUGGGAGGCGAAACUGGGGCUUCUGGGCGAGUAUGCCGAGAAACGAGUUUACUCCCAGUUGCGGGUCACGGUUGAAGACGCGGACGUGCCCCUCUUUGACCGUGAUAUAUCAGGGACGUACACCCUCUUCGACAAGUGCGGAACGGCCUGUAACGCGCUCCACAAGAAAGACCCCGUCGACAGCGACGCCGACCAGCCCCCACUCUUCCUCAUGAUGGACCCGACGCGCUGCGGGAAACCAGUAGAUGAUUUCUUCGUGUUCGCCACUACUAUUCGGCGGUUCGAAUACGGAGAAACAAGACCCAUAGUCGGCCGCUUCGCGUCUUCGUGGAGGCAGUCCGACAAGGCUCACGAAGAAAGCGUUCGCUGCUUCAUUCCGCAGAGAUAUGUCCCAACAGUUAAUGUUCAGCUCCAGUCGUCUACAGGUUUGCAAGCCCAGUAUGCUGUCCCCAAAGGGGACCUCGACAUCGAAAUCAGUAACGACGCAUGCCAGACGGCCAACGCCUUGCUCGUCGUCCACAUACCCCUGGGCGACCAGGCCGGCGCCGAAUGGCCGGGCGCAUGGAAGGAGGUAGAGCCAAUAGAGGAGCGGGCCACCUUCAGGAUGUUGUCUUGGCUCACGGAGCGGGUGAAGAAUAUCGAUGGCGCCUUUUCGGACUGGAAGGUAGUGGCUGUUCCAGACAGCCAUGUGAACUGCGAACGCUGCGCUCCCCAUGCUCCUUCUCUCCAAUGGACAAAGGUCGGCAACAAGAUCAUGGCAUUCGAAGACAGCCAUCAAGCCGGGGAAUACGAACGACGCCUCAAGGGGCGCCCUUCACCGUUCGUCACCCAACUGAGACUGGACGACAACGCGGUCGGCAUCCUACGUAUCGGACUCAACGUCUCAUCCCUCAUCCACCGUGCGCGCUCUCGUCUUCCUUCUCGCGGAGCUGGUAUGACACAAACUGUGUCGUGGAGAUUGGACACCGAUUUCAAGCCCCUCGUGAAGCUUAUCCUCCCUAAAUUCAAGCUGUCGAGCAAUCGCAAUGACCCUGAACAUCCCCAACCGCCUCACUUCGUCCUCAAACUUCGUCCUGAACAGCAACGCUCCCUCCAUUGGAUGCUCGCCCAAGAAGAGGACGAUGCCCCUCCUUUUGUCGAAGAGGAGAUCUCGGAGGCCAUUCUCGAACCUCUGAAUUGGCGUGCGGAAGGUCGGGCCCAGCAAUCUGUUCACGUUCGCGGCGGGGUCCUCGCUGACCAAGUCGGUUAUGGGAAGACUGCCAUUACCCUCGGUCUCAUCGACUGUGCCAUGAAGGAGGUGAAGAAGAGGGUCAAGGAUGAGAACGCAAAGGGUCCCAUGUUUGGCAAGAUCCGUACUUCCGCCACUCUGGUCGUCGUUCCUGGACAUCUGACGAAACAGUGGGCCAGUGAGGUGCAGAAGUUCAUGGGCAAGGGCAAGCUCGAGGUCGUCGUCCUCUCGUCCGUCGCGAACAUCAACACUCUGACAGUCCAGGACGUCAUGGACGCGGAUAUCAUUAUCAUCGCUUCGACCCUCCUCAAGAGCCCUAUUUACUUGGAGAAUCUGGAGGCGUUCGCCGCCGGAGGCUCUUUGCCAAAGACAGAAGGUCGUUAUCUCAAUGCUCGCCUUGACGAGAGUCUUUCCGCCCUCGCCGAACAAGUAGAGCGUCUGCGAGAUCCAGCUCGUGGCCCCGCUGCCGUUAUGGACGCUAUCCUGGAAGCUAGGAAGAAGGACCGAGAGACGCAAGAGGCGAUGCAGCCAUCCAAGCGCAUCAAGGGCAUCGCGAAAACUGUCGAUGCGAACGCCUCAUCGAAGACGGCCAGUGCGCCGAAAACGAUGGCGUCCUCUUCCAAAGCAGCCGCCUCCUCGUCGAAAGUCGAAGUGAAGACAACGAACAACGCCAAGGUCCCUGCUGCCGGACCCUUGCUAUCUUCGGCACGAUUCAGCCAUGUAGAGGUCCCCACCCUGGCAGAGGCACGCAAGGCGGCGAAGUCGAAGACAGCGGAGUCGUCAGAGAAGGACGAAGCCAGUGAUUCAGAUUCCCCUCGCCCAAGAAAGCGCCGUGCGUCAGCCAAGGUCAUCAACUACAUUCCUUCUGACAGCGACGACGACGUGCCCGUCAAAACGAAGAAGCGCAAGACCGGAGCGUCCACCAGCCGCUCAGUUUCUCCUGAUGCAUUCGUACCCACUGACGAAGAUGAUGGCGAUGUACCGGAGGAUAGCGAAGCCGUUUCUGACGAAGAGGAUGACUUUGAACCGGAAGAUGAGGACUCCAACGUUCCCAAGAGCAAGGCGAAGGGCAAGGCGAAGGCGAAGGCAACACCCAAACGUCCACCGCCCAAAGCCAAGCCGAAGAAAGGCAAAGUUACUGAUGACGACGACGAUGCCAUGGAUGUCGAUGGCUCUUCAUCAGCAGCAGAGACUACAUCGUCGGCCGCGGGGAAGAAGCGGAAGCGGGAGACGAAGGAAACGAAGCCAAAGGAACUGCGCGAGACGAAGGACCCAUGGAAGCUGAAGGGCAAGGCGAAGAAGGAUUGGAAGGAGAUGCAGGCCCCUCCACUGGAAAUGUUCCACUUCGCAAGAUUGGUCGUCGACGAGUACACUUAUCUUCACAAGUUGCCCGUGGCGAUGACACUCGUUGCCCGACAAUCGGCGGAUCGUCGGUGGGUGCUCUCUGGUACCCCGCCCGUUCACGACUUCGCUGCCGUCAAGACCAUAGCUGCUUUCUUAGACGUGCACCUUGGGAUUGAUGACGACGGGGAGAGUCAAUCUAAGGAAGUCAAAAAACGUUUGCGUGACCAGACGGCGGCCGAGAAGUUCCAUUCGUUCCGGGAGACCCACAGUCUCAAUUGGCAUGCUCAUCGCCACAACAUGAUCGGCCAGACUUUCCUAGAUCGAUUCGUCCGCCAGAACAUCGCUGAGAUCGACGAAAUCCCUUGGGAGACGAAUGAGACCUUCUGUACUCUUCCUGCGGCAGAGAGGGCUAUAUACCUCGAGCUCGAGCACCAUCUCCAAGCCCUCGACAUGAACAUCAAACGCGGUAAGAAGUCCGAAGGCGAUCGUGACAAGCGUUUGGCCAAAGCUCUUGGUACUAGCGAGACGGCUCACGAAGCACUCCUCAAGCACUGCGCGCACUUCGAGCUCGAAACCUCGAGCAAAAACGCCAUGAAGGCAUGUGACAUCAUCGUUCAGCAGCGCAAGGCCCAGCAACAGGAAUGCGAGAAGGAUCUUCGCGAGUGUCUGAAGAAGGCCCUUUCGCAGGAGAAAGAGCUCGGCCCCGUCCCCGAGGAAUCUGCCUUCCGUGAAUACGUACGUGUUUGUCGCACGAAGGGCAUCGACGAUCGGGAAGCCACGGAUAUCGUCGUUGCGCUUCUGGACGAGGCGAAUGUUGGGACGUCCACCGUCAAAUCAAAGCCCAAGGGGGGCAAAGACGAGCCGCUUUCUGAGAAGAAGAGGGAGGCCAUCUGGGCUCACCGCGAACAUACGCACGUCAUUCGCCGAGUCACCAAGGAACUUGUGGCCCGUGUGCGUUCGCAUCGCUACUUCACUGUCGUGCGAGACUUCCAAAAACAACGGGAGAAACCAUUGGUCAUUUCCUGCCCGAUGUGCAAGAAUGAUCGCGUACCAGUGGAUGAGAUAGCGGUGCUUUCGACUUGCGGGCAUGCGGGAUGCCUGUCUUGCGUGACGAAGUGUGCGGAGCAGGAAGCCUGCGUGUACGCUGCGCAGGGCGACUGUGGCAGUCCCGCUCGUCUUCUGAAUAUCGUGAGGGGCUCUACGCUUGGUGUGGACGAUGAAGAUCGGGACGGGAAGGGCAAGCACUAUGGACGCAAACUAGAGGAGGUCAUCGUUCUCAUACGCUCGAUCCUCAAGAAGAAAGAACGCGUCCUAGUCUUUAUCCAGUUCGAAGACCUGAUGAAGAAGGUCGGCGAAGCGCUGAAAGACCAUUCCAUCGAAUUCCUCGAGAUCAAGGGGUCUGCCAGCCAGAAGUCGAAAAACCUCGAGGCGUUCCAAAAUCUGGGCAAAGAAAAGGUCCUCCUCCUGUCGUUAGCAGAGGAGACGGCCUCCGGUGCCAAUCUUACGUGCGCCAACCAUGCCAUCUUCCUAUCUCCCCUGCUAGCCCCGACGCAAGAAGUCUACGACGCUACUAUGACACAGGCGAUUGGACGUCUGAGGAGGUUCGGACAAAAGGAGAAAGUGCUCAUUUACCACUAUCUGGCGGAGAACACUAUCGAUAUGGAGGUUUAUACGGAGAGGACUAAGAACAAGGCUUCGGGACAGUAGUGGGAGAGUGUGGUCGGGGUUCCUUUCUUCGCAUUGAAUCUGCUUUGGUCGUCAAUUUGCAUGCAUCUAUCUGUAUCUACUUGCUAUUUUGCUUUUAUUUCGCUCAUC